AAAACAAACGUGUGGGGAUCCAUUCUAAAAUAGAAGCCACGUCAGUUUAUGUUCAUUUUUAUUACUCUCAAAUAUCUAUCCCAUUCCCCUGCUAUAAAUACCAUCGUAAUUAUAACACUCACUCACUCUGAAACUCAUACCACUUCCUACCUCUUUUCAUCUUCUUCAAUAUCUUAUCUCUUUUCUGCCAUGAAAUCAGACAUUGAAAACCUCUGGCUCUUCGCCCUGGCCUCCAAAACAUGCAGAGCCUUCUCCCAAGAAACCUUUGCAUGGUUGCUUCUCAUCGUGGGCCUCACCUGGCUCGCUAGGUCCUUAGUUUAUUGGGCACAUCCGGGAGGCCCAGCCUGGGGCAAGCAAAAAUGGAUGAAAAACCCAUUAAAACAGCUUAAGACUGCAGCUGCAAUUCCAGGCCCAAGAGGCCUUCCCCUCUUCGGCAGCAUGGGCCUUAUGGCUUCUCUGGCUCACCGCCGCUUAGCCGCCAUGGCUACAGCAUGCAACGCCAAACGUCUCAUGGCCUUUUCUCUUGGGGACACUCCUCUUAUGGUGACGUGUCACCCUGACGUGGCCAAGGAAAUACUCAACAGCCCUGUUUUCGCUGACCGUCCGAUCAAGGAAUCCGCCUACGGCUUGAUGUUCAACCGUGCGAUUGGGUUCGCUCCCUACGGAGUUUACUGGCGAACUCUUAGGAGAAUCGCUGCCACCCAUCUUUUCUGCCCCAAACAGAUUAAGUCCUCCGAGUUUCAGAGGCGAGUAAUUGCCGAUCAAAUGGUGGGGGUAAUGUCGAAAGAGGACGCUGGAGAACAGGGCUUGCGAGUACGUGAAGUGUUGAAGCGAGCCUCCCUUAACAACAUGAUGUGUUCCGUUUUUGGAAGAGUUUACGAUCUUGACUCGGCCAACAAUGAGUUGCAGGAACUGCGUGAACUCGUCGACGAAGGAUACGAUCUAUUGGGUUUGUUGAAUUGGUCCGAUCAUCUUCCUUGGUUGGCUGAAUUUGAUGCCCAGAGAAUCAGAUUCAGAUGCUCCAAACUCGUCCCCAAAGUGAACCGUUUCGUCAGCCAAAUCGUGUCGGAGCACCGCUCCCGAACCUACCCAAUAACCCGAGAUUUUGUGGACGUUUUACUUUCCUUGCAAGGACCCGAUAAGUUAUCCGACUCUGAUAUGAUCGCUGUUCUCUGGGAAAUGAUAUUUAGAGGGACUGAUACUGUUGCCGUACUGAUAGAGUGGAUCCUAGCGAGAAUGGUGAUUCAUCAUGAUAUUCAAUCAACGGUCCACGAUGAGCUAGACAAGGUAGUGGGCAGAUCAAGAUCCGUUGCCGAAUCCGACAUGUCCAAAUUAGUGUAUCUUACGGCUGUGGUGAAGGAAGUUCUAAGGCUACACCCUCCGGGCCCACUCCUCUCGUGGGCCCGCCUGGCCAUAACCGAUACCACUAUUGAUGGGUAUCACGUGCCAAAGGGGACUACCGCCAUGGUCAACAUGUGGGCCAUAUCCAGGGACCAGGAGUUUUGGGCUGACCCGCUUGAGUUUAAGCCGCAGAGAUUUGUGACAGGGGAAGACGAGGCAGAGUUCUCUGUAUUCGGGUCAGAUCUCAGGCUCGCCCCAUUCGGGUCGGGUAGAAGGACCUGCCCCGGUAAGGCCUUGGGUUUGACCACAGUUUGCUUUUGGGUGGCAUCACUGUUGCACGAAUUUGAAUGGCUCCCAAAUGGUCAAAGUGGUGUUGAUCUAUCUGAGAUCCUAAAAUUGUCUUGUGAGAUGGCUAAUCCACUCACCGUUAAGGUGCGCCCCAGGCGAGCUUAGGAUGGUUAGUGAACCUUUUAAUCGUCCUAUUAAGCUAGAAGAAGGUGCUUUGAGAAAAAUAAUAAAGUAAUAUUAUGUAUAAUUAAUUAAUGUGAAAGAAUUAUAAAUUUCUAUUUAGGUAUAUGUUUUGUGUGAGGGGACUUGGGCUAUCACUAUCAUGGAUCUCUCCACUUGUAUUUUGAUAGCUAUAAGCCUAUAGUAUAUAAAUGAAGAUGUUAUAUAAAGUACUUAAUGUAAAUAUAGUGGUGAGGUGAUCAAUAAUACAAGUUUCUAAUCUA